UUGUUUUAGCAAAAUAUGCAGAAACAAAAAAUGCGACAUGAAAAGAGUAACGAUCCUAAUAAAGAAGACAUAAACAACAAAAAUGAAAAAAAAGUAAAAAAAAAUAAAAAAAGUAAGAAAAAUGAAGACAAGUUUGAUUUUUUAAAUAAAUAUCACUUCUUCUCCUACCAUUUGCCCUUUCGAGUUUUGAUAAACCACCACCACCACAACAUCCUCUGAAACCCUAGCCACCACCAAUCGCCGCUUACUCUUCCAUCUACCAGAUUUAAAUGAAACCGGAUCGGAUCUACCUCUAGAUCCGUUCUAGGUUUUUUAUUUCUACAUCCUCCCACCGUCUCCUCCAGAUGCCCCCGAGAUUCAUCACAACACAUAGCCAUCAUCAUCAUGUCUCUGUUUCUAAAAGACGAUUCGAUCCAAAUCCGCGAAGUGUGGAACGAUAACCUCCAAGAAGAAAUGGAUCUGAUCCGAGAAGUCGUCGACGAUUUCCCUUACGUCGCCAUGGACACCGAGUUCCCCGGAAUCGUCGUCCGCCCCGUCGGAACAUUCAAAUCCAACGCCGAUUACCACUACGAAACCCUAAAGCUAAACGUCAACAUCCUCAGCAUAAUCCAGCUCGGCCUCACCUUCUCCAACGAGCAAGGCAACCUCCCCACCUGCGGCACCGACAAAUACUGCAUCUGGCAGUUCAACUUCCGCGAGUUCGAUCUCGACUCCGACAUCUUCGCCGUCGACUCCAUCGAUCUCCUCAAGCAAUCUGGCAUCGACUUCGCCAAGAACACUCAAGAAGGGAUCGAGUCGAGGAGAUUCGCUGAGCUCUUGAUGUCCUCAGGGAUCGUGCUCAACGAGAAUGUACAUUGGGUUACUUUCCACAGUGGAUACGAUUUUGGUUACUUGCUUAAGCUCUUGACGUGCCAGAACCUGCCUGAUUCGCAGACGAGUUUCUUCGAGCUGAUCAAUGUUUAUUUCCCCACGGUGUAUGAUAUUAAGCAUCUGAUGAAGUUCUGUAACAGUCUUCACGGGGGUUUGAAUAAGCUGGCGGAGUUGCUGGAGGUGGAGAGAGUUGGGAUCUGUCACCAGGCGGGGUCGGAUAGUUUGCUCACGUCGUGUACUUUCAGAAAGCUUAAGGAGAAUUUCUUCGUUGGUCCGUUGCAGAAAUAUGCUGGUGUUUUGUAUGGAUUAGGUGUUGAAAAUGGUCAGGUUGCUCUCUAAUAUCGAAAUAAAAAAGCAACUGCUAUGCCCGAGGACAUGGAGCUGACUCCAAGGAAGUCACGUGCUCACGGUGGUGUGACCAGAGCUGAUGAAAGUGCCAAACUUAUUGAGGAGCGUACCGCUCAUCUCUACAGUCUGUAACCAACCUGAUUAUGUCAAGCUUGUUAAAGCUCUAUGUGCUGAUCCUAAAUCAAUUUGCUUAAUCUUUUUAAGUGCCAAGACCCUUGGUGAAUGGGCUGGUUUAAGUAUUGCAGAUAGCUUGUUAAGUAACAUAUGGCUUGGUCGAGUAAAAUUGAUAGUCAGCUUAUAUGAGGGGAGAUUUGUAGACAAACAAGUAAUCAACUUGAUUUGAUCAAAUACUAUCAAGGAAGAAGAAGGCGGGAACAUUCUGUUAUUAGUAUGUGCUAAAAAGGAAAAGUGACUUUAGUUUUUAUAGGUAAAUCCAAUUAUAUAGUUACCAGAAGUUUAAACUAAC